UGCAGUACGCAAAUGUUCAGUUAAUUUUAAAAAUGGCAGCAUUAACGUUAUUGAUAGUCUUCUGCAAUAUUUUAAUUAUUUCCUCAAAUAUUGUUACAAAUAAUACCAGGUUAAAUUCUCCGACCUCUACCUCAGCUGUGGAUGGGUGGGAUAAACUCAAAGAUAAUGAAACUGCUGAGAGUUACCGAUGUUCCGAUGAUCAUCAAUGUUACCGGUAUUUACAGUUCUGUGAUCUAGGUGAAUGUCGUCAUUCCUACACCUGGGUCAUCCUUCCUGGUUGUCUGCUCUUCUUAAUUUUGUGCAUUGCUGCUCUUCUAUAUUUUACCUCCUGUUGUUUACACGGCUGCUGCUGUUGCUGUUUACCCUGAUGAUCCAGAUUCUCCUGUUCACUGUAGGUGUUUAACCUGAAAUGCUGCUUUCAUCGUCAUAUGUUUCAAGGGCUCCUGAUUUUGAAUUAAAAUUUCGCUGUUUGUUAUUUUAUACUUAGAUUGUUCUGUUUUAUACAUUCAGGAGAUUAUUGAAAUAGUCCAAAAUUUCCUGUUCAAUAAAUGAUAAAUUUAAUAAGAAAUUGCUAAACCUU